CUCCCAUCGCAUGGCCUUUUCCGGGUUUCCCUCUUGCUCUUCUGCUGUUCCAGCAUGCUGCCCCUUCUCAUUGGCAGUCGCGGUGUCCACCCCAGCAUGGUGGCAUACAUGGGUGCGUUUCUUGGGGCACAGUCAGCCUCCCGAAGUUCGACACAGUAGGUCCUUCUUGAGAUAUUCUCCGGUCAAUACGAGAGACAUAAUGAUACUUGAAUACAAUCUACUUCCUUACUACUUGAAGGCUGCCUAGGGAAGGGAUGGAGGCUCUCUGUCUAUCUCUCUCCAUCCCAGCAGUCCAGGGGAAGGACAAUCACUGAU